GCAAAUUCCCCAAAAAAAAAAACCUCGGAAGAAAAUGUCCGCCUGCACCCUCACACCAUCCACGCCCUCUCACUUUCCCCACGGCGUCAUCAUCUCCAACGGAAUCCAUUAUUCCCGUGAAUCCUCCGCGGAGGCCUUCCCGGAGGCAUGAUUCCAAGAAACCCCCUGUCAAAGAACAAAAGGAACGAAUACAGAUUUCUCCAAAGAAACCAUUCCAAAGGAGUCGGGGAAGCCUAGCUCGAGCCCAGCGACCAUGGCCUCCUCCCUCCCUCUUAUUACUCUCUGCCCAUCUCUCCUCCCAUCCCGAUCUCCUCCUCUUUCCCUUCGCCGCCUCCUCCAUCGCAGGAACCAAUGGCUCGGCAGGGGAAGGAGGAUCAAUGCGAGCCAUGAAGGCCUUGAGGCGUUGUACGAUGACGGAUACCGGAACGCCGGAAGCCUUCACGACUACCUCCAAGCGGUGGGUGAUCUGCUGGAAUUCGACCAGGGCCCCCUCCGCUGGUUCUGCCCCGUCGACGGCGGGCCGCCGAUAAAAAACGCCCCUUUGCUUCUCUUCUUGCCCGGUGUGGAUGGCAACGGCUUGGGGCUCUUUAUGCAUCAUAAAGCUCUCGGAAGGAUUUUUGAAGUUAGGUGCAUGCAUAUACCUGUUUAUGACCGCACGCCAUUUAAAGGACUAGUAAAAUUUGUAGAAGAUGUUGUGAGGUUUGAGAAUUCCAUUUCUCAAGAUAAGCCAAUUUAUCUAGUGGGCCAUUCCCUUGGAGGAUGCCUGGCACUUGCUGUCGCUGCUCAUAAUCCUGAUAUUGAUCUAAUACUAGUAUUGUCUAAUCCAGCAACAUCAUUCAACAGGUCACAAUUGCAGCCAUUGCUUCCAAUUUUAAGAGGCUUGUCUAGCCAGCUAGAUAUUUUUGUGUUCUAUCUGCUAAGCAUCAAUAUUGAUAAUCAGGUGAAAAUGGCUUUGGAUAGUAUUGGAGAUGGGAGCCACCCUUUACAGACACUUUAUAAGCUUUCAAGAAAUCAUUCGUCACCUCUACCACGAAUUUUAGUAUAUAUUUUUUCCGUAAUGGGAGAUGAUUUGAUGGAGUUUCUUGCAGAAAUUACUGGAUACAGUACCCAAGAAGCUUUUUCUUGGAAAUUAAAGCUACUUAAGUUUGCUUCCUAUUAUGCUAAUUCCCAUCUUCAUGCAGUUACAGCCGAAGUACUCGUGCUUGCCAGUUGCUUAGACAGGUUGCUACCUAGUAGAGAUGAAGCUAAAAGACUUCUGACAUUGUUACUCAAUUGCAAGGUUCGCUACUUUGAGGAUCAUGGUCACUGCCUUCUGUUGGAAAAUGACAUUCAUUUAUCAACUAUUAUUAAAUGUACUGAAUUGUAUCGCCGGUCAAGAAAACAUGACCGUAUCUCUGAUUACCUGCCACCAUCUAUGAUGGAACUAGAAGCAGCCAGUAAGUCGAGCAGAGAUUUGUACCGAUCUACUAGUCCAGUGAUGUUUUCAACCAUGCAAGAAGGAAAGAUCGUGAGGGGUCUUUCUGGGGUACCUAAUGAUGGUCCUGUUCUGUUAGUUGGUAAUCAUAUGUUGAUGGGACUUGACAUGAUUCCUCUUUGUACAGAGUUCUUAAGGGAAAAAGAAAUUGUUCUUCGUGGCCUAGCCCACCAUCUUCUAUUUCAAGAAAAAAUUGAAAGUUCAUCACAAGAGUAUGAUUUCUUUGAUUUUGUAAGUAUAUUUGGUGCUGUACCUGUCUCAGAUAAAUACUUCUAUAGAUUAUUAUCAGAAAAGGCAUUUGUUCUUCUUUAUCCGGGCGGCUCUCGUGAAGCUCUUCAUCGAAAGGGUGAAAAAUACAAGCUGUUUUGGCCAGUUCAACCUGGGUUUGUGAGAAUGGCUGCUCAAUUUGGAGCCACAAUUGUACCAUUUGCAGUGGUUGGAGAAGAUGACAUCGGAGAAUUGCUUAUGGAUUAUGAUGAUAUGAUGAGCAUUCCCUUCGUAAAGGAUAGAAUAAAAGAUUUCAAUGAGAACAAAAAUAUUAGGAAUGAUGAUAGAAACCAAGAUAUCUUUGUUCCUUUUGUCUGCCCCAAAUUACCUGGCAGGUUCUAUUAUUUAUUUGGAAAACCAAUUAUAACAAGUGGAAAGGAGUUGUUGAAAGACAGACAGACAGCAAGUGCCUUGUAUUUGCAUGUAAAAUCUGAGGUUGAGCGCAUCAUAUCUUAUCUACUAAAGAAGAGGGAGGAGGAUAUCUAUAGGGGUAUCAUCCCAAGGACUCUGUAUCAAGUUACUUGGGGCAGCGACCAUCAAGUCCCCACAUUUGAACCUUGAUUAGUUAAAUAUGCUAUGUUGUAUAAAAGACUGUAGUUGCAUCUUCCAUGACUUUGCUUGAUUAACAUUUAAGACAUUGUUUAACAAAUUGACUGUUCCUUGUAAUCCAGGUUCACUAUUGUUCAUGAUCAGAAAUUAGUUUAUAUGCUUGGAAAUCUGGAUAUGAGAAUUGGGAAUGCCAUUGAUUACUGCAAAUUAGAAAUGGAUAAUGAAGCAAAGAGAAUCUAGGAGAUAUAUAAGAAGAAAAAUAUGAAGAUGUCUUUUUUAUUUUUGAAUUAAAGAUGAAUAGCAUACCACUUUAAUCCGCUAGCACUAUCCCUACACUGAAGUGGUUUGAUUUAUUUUAGUUUAUGUUUUUCGCUAUGGACAUACACAUACUAGGUAAGCGUCAUUUAGAUGCAUACACAAGAUUAGCAUUUAUUCCCAACAAAGUUUAUCAUGCAUUUAGUGCAAUUGGCUAGAGUCCAUAAUAUAUAGCUGCCUAAAAUAGAUCAAAACUUCCAACUGAAAUAUAUGCAAGGAGGCUAUAACAUACAAAGGCCAAAUAAUAGAAAACCAACAACCAACAGAAAAUAAACUAAAUCUAAAUUUGAAGAUUAAGAUAGAAGUUUAAAGAAGAUGCCUUUGCAUCAACUGUCAAGCUUUGCAAACUUGCCAAUUUUUCCUAUCCUCUCUUUCAAUAUAAAGCCAAUGCGCUUGGUAAUGAAAUAAUAAUCUCCGUUUACUAUGUCUAUGAAAACUUUCCUAGUUCUCUCCUAUUAAAAUAAUAUAAAACCAACAAUCAACAGAAAAUAAACUAAAGCUAAAUUUGAAAAUUAAGAUACAAGCUUAAACCACAUGCCUUUGUGUCAAAAAAACAAACUUUGCAAGCAUGCGAAUGUUUUUUCUACCCUCACUUUUGCUCUUGGUGAUAAAAUAUUAAUCUUCUUUUACUAUGUUUGUGAAAACUUUCCUAGUUUUCUUCUAUCGCUCCUCCCACUAGAUCAUAUUAAGGUUGCGACCCUCAGGUGUUGCUAAUAUUUUAUUUAUACCAUUAGGCUCCUUGGAAAGGCUUCAAGUGGAAGAGAACCAUAGCAUUUAAGAAGUCUUGCAUGGACUUGGCCACAGAUAAGAUGUAAAUCUAACAUUACAUGAGCUGGUUUGCAGAACUCUUCUCCUCUUACGUAACAUAUCCUUCUCUAGAUUUUCUUUUUAGACUUUGUACUCUAGAGCUUAGAUUGAGAAAGGUUUGGCUCUUCUGCAAUGUAAUUGAUCUGCAAACUUUAGAGGACUAGAGCAUGUGCCCUCAUCGGUAAGGAUGUAAAAGGAAUGACUACAUUGUGAGGCAAUUAGCAUCUCAUCACCAGCAUAUGACUUCUACUAGGGUAGUAGAAUAUUCUGUGGAAGCUCAUAUCUUGCCCUUGUUAUGCUUGAGGUUAACUUUGGAGACAUUCCUUCUCUCUGGGGACAAUUCUAGAUAAAGGCCUCUUACAAAAUAAAGAGGAAGCCACCUUAGAAGGGUUGGAGAUCAGGGGGAGGAGAAAGGCUGCCUAGAAAAUACCUUGUAGCAAUACUGAAACAUAGUCCGGCUCUUUUUCUUCUGUCUUUUUUCUUAUUUUUAGAAGUACCCAAACCCUGAACUCUUUUAACCUUCCUAACUACUAAUUAUGCAAUCUGCAGCGCAGACAAUUGGGCCAAUUACAAGCUUUUAAUAUUUUCGAGAACUAACUGACCUUUGUGGCUUUGGAGCAUUUUUUUUAAUAUCUAUUGUUCCAUAGUUUCCUUUGUUAUUAUUCCACUCUUGUUUCUUCAUGCACACUUUAGGUCUGGAAACCAAGAAAAGGUGCAUGAAUGCAAGAUCUAAUUUUUUUUUUCCUUUUUUGUUAGGGUGAUAAACAUACGCAAUUACAGUUUCUCGUGAAUUAGGUGUGAACAACUGACUGUCUCCCUGUGGAGGGGAUAUCUUCUUAUAAAACUCGCGGAAGCUUAUUCUCUCAUUAACAUUGGUGCCCCUAUGUCCUGUCUCCUAGGAGUCAGCUAAGCUGAGACACAUUUGAUGGCAAUAUAGGGAAUAUAAAAAAUCACAGCUUCUCAGCUGUUGCUUUCAUUUCUACCAUGGAAUAUGCCCUUUUCUUUUAGAAAACCACGUUGUGUUCAGUCCUUUCAGUUCACCUUCUCCACUCAGAUUAAAGCUAAGACUGCUAAAGAGAGCAAGAGAGCAUUGUGCUCAUUUUUUCCCUGCAAGAAUGCAGUUCUCCUUGUUCUCUUUUCUCUGUUUUUGGUCAAGAUUUGGUUAAAGUUUUUGAUUGGAGGAAUAAUAGUGGCUGUGAGAUAGUGCUCUUGGUCAAACAAUAAUCCAAAAGUUUAAAUGUGCUAGAGCCUUAGCACCAUUUUACCUAACUGGCUCACAUCACAGUGGGGAGGUGGUACUCACUAGUUCAUCAUUUUCCAGGAGCUAGUGUGCUUGAAGUUUUGAACCGGCACAGUCUGAGCAUGUUCACUAUCACAAAGUUAUGAAGCAAGGUAGCACCUUUGGAUCUAUAGGUGAUUACUCAUUUGUUAGCGUGUUUUCCAAAUUUCAGUAGUAAAUUAUAGGAGCUUACUAAGUAGGGGACUGCCUGAAAGAAUUUGAAUAGUGAUGCUAUCACAGUCAUUUGCAUGGUUUUAAAUAAUUAUUUAACUGUCGAAAUCAAGAUGCAAGACUGUCAGAAUAAGGAACAAGGACCUUAACAGAUCACACGGAAGUCCUUUCUUUGUUCUCCUCAUUAUGAAAACAAUUUCAGCUUGAUCAUUCCAAGAACAGUGAUUCUAAAAUGGAGAUGGUGACACCAUAUCCAUCUUCGUUUAUGUUCUGGCACUUUGAUGAUAAAAAGAAGCUUUCUUUCCAAGCUCCUACACGAGAAAUGCUUUCUCCACUAGAUUGUUGUGGGGAUCAAUUCCACUCACUUUUGUUCUGCUCAUGCAUGUUCAUUUAAUUGGGAAGGUUCUGUGGCCCUGAGAUGGAUUUUCUUAAUUAGCUUAGUCACAUAUUCCCUUCUUUUUUAGGCAUUAUGAUGUAGAAAAAAGCCUAGCCACUUUAUCUUUAUGCCCUUGGGGAGGCCAUCUAGAUUCUUGAAAAUGCUAACAUUAUGCUGGCCUACCAGCACAUCUGAUAGUUGAAAGAACUUGUCCUGCACUUCAUAUGAUGCCCUUCUCUUAAGCAAGAAUCUGAUUCCAGACCACUUCUUU